AAUAGAAAAUGAAAGUUAGGAAACAUGACGAAACCCGGAAGAUCACGCUCAGUUACGUGUUAGCGUAGAAAAACAAUGGUGUCCUCACGCAAGUUCUCCGAGGGUCUUCUUUUAUUUUGUGUUUUCUUCUUUCCAAAUGUUGUUUCUCCGGUAUCUACCGAACUAAAUGUCCGACACUCAUCUCAAGUAAAGCUUCGUGUGAAAAGGCAGGAAUGUCAAGAUGGCACUUACGAGCACGGAGGCAUAAACUGCUGUAAAUGUGCAGCUGGUCAACGACUGGAAGAGCACUGCACUGAAACUGCAAGCUAUGGAAAAUGUGUAUUUUGUGAAGAUGGGACUUAUAACAGUGAACCCAGUUCUAAGGACUCCUGUGAAAUCUGCACAUCCUGCGGUCCAGAAAACGCUAAUUUAGAAGAAGACAGACCCUGCACCACUAUCCAAGACAGAACAUGUAGAUGUAAGAAAGGUCACUACUGCAAUACUGCAGAAGGAACCUGUAAAAUCUGCCAUCCCUGUACAAGAUGUUCUUCCAUUAAAGAGCACUGCACAGCCACCACUGAUACGGUUUGCAACGAGGAAAGUACAGGUCUAUCAGGUGGUGCAGUCGCUGGCAUUGUGAUUGCAGUUUUGUUUUUUGUCGCUGCUCUUGGAGUAGUAGUGUUCAGGAAGAACAUUCUGGGGUUUUUUAAACGAGACACAUCAAAUUCCCCUGGCCCUGUGAAUGACCCACUUCUUCCAGUGGAGAUGGAGCCGCACAUAGUGGACGUUGCAGAAAUAAUCGGCUGGAAAGAUAUGAGACAAAUUGCACUCGGCUGUCAGAUGGCAAAUUCCAUUGAGAAUGUAAAACUCAGCCACCCCAAUGACAGUGAAAUGUGGACCCAAGAACUACUGAAUAAAUGGGUGGAGCUGAAGGGCAGGCCUGCCUCAGUAGAGCUGAUCGCGACCCUGCGGAAAAUGGGGAAAAACAACAAGGCGGACAAAAUCAAAGAGAAACUGUAUCCGAUUGACUCUCCUGCACAACUUAGUUCUGCCUAAAUAUUUUUAAACUUUUAUGCUGUUAAUGAAAUAAUAGCAUGGAUUAUUUUUGCACAAUCAAACAUGUUUACGAUCUUUCAAGAUUAGAAUGUGCUUUUUUUUUAAAAAAAGAAAAUCUUUAUAUGAACUUUUUAAAUUUAGCAAAUGGACAAUCGCAAUCUAAAUGCUGAUCUAGCUGGUGGGAAAAUUGUGCUUUAUUGUAUUUUUGCUGUUUUGUUUUUUUUUUAAGUUCCUUCUGCUGACUUUCCGUUAAAUUCGUAAUUUUCCAGCAGGUUUACUCUGUAUGCACUGAAUGAAUAAUAACAAGUUCCAAUACGUAAGAGGUCAAAAAAUACUUAGCAGUUAUAGCAUGUAUUAUUUAACUUGUUUUUAAAAGAUUCAACAUAUGAUGAUCUAACAUUGUUGAGUGAGUUUUAUUUAGUCUUUCUGUACUCUGAUGCAUCUCACUCAAUACAAAUGUGAUCUUCCUUUGUAAUGUUAUUACUCUUUAAUUUCUGGACAUUAUUGUUGGUUUUUUUUUUGUUUAGAUUUUCUCUUAAAGAUGUUGAAAAUCUCAAAUCCACUUAAAUAAUGGGGGGGAAAAACUAAUUCACGUGGACAUCGAGCAUCAAUGGUAAUAUUUUGAUUAAUAAAAGGGAGAAAAAAACAA